AUGGUCAACUCUGGUUCAGCCCUUGCUGUGCCUGUCCCUUACCUUGGAAUCCGAAUGAACCCUUUUGUGGGUGAGCGUUCGAGAUUUUGGACGCCGCCUGCGUGGCUCCGGGCCGUCCGGGACCGCGGCAUUUACCAUGUCCGAGUCUGCAGGUACAACAGUCUGGAACCCCAUGAGACUGAGGUCAUGGCCAACUUGGAUAUGUCUAAGGUGAAAGAUGCGUAUUCUGCGCUGUGA